UUCUCUCCUCUCCUCCCCGUGCCCGCCUCGCCCAUGGCGGGGCCGCGGGACCCCGCGGAGCGCUGCUCCUGCCGCAACACCAACUGCGUGGAGCGGCCGCUGCGCCGGCUCUUCGAAGGGCUGGCGAGCGGCGUGGCCGCCUGCCCCUGGCCCUUCGUGCUGGUGCCGCUGCUGCUGUCCGGCGGGCUGGGCGCCGGCUUUGUCUUCUUACCGCAGCGGCAGGCGAACGACAUCGAGGAGCAGUUCACGCCGACGUGGGGACCCGCCAAGGCCGAGCGCGACUUCGUGCGGCGGCACUUCCCCACCGACGACUCGGAGCGCUUCUCUGCCCCGCGGCUGCCCACCGAGGGCGCCUACGCCGCCCUCAUCGCCGUGGCGACGAACGGGACCUCGGUCCUGGAGCCGGCGGCGUGGGCAGACGUGCUGCGGCUGAACGCGGCCGUGCACGACACCGAGUACGAGCGGCUCUGCGCCCGCACCGCCGGCGGCUGUGCCAGCCCCAACCCGCUGCUGUCGCGGCGGGGCGAUGCGGGACCGCCCGCCCCGGGCAGCCUCCGCUUCCCCGUCAACGGCAGCGAGUUCCUGGGGGCCGCGCUGGGCGGCGUGGAGACGGACGGCGGGCGGCUGCUCAGGGCGCGGGCCCUGAAGCUGCUGUACUACCUGCGGGAGGACGGCCCCGAGGCGCAGGACAGCCGGCAGUGGCUGGAGAGCUUCCUGCAGAGCAUCUCGUCCAAAGUGGCGGACUUGCGCCUCGGCUCCAUUCAGGUGACUUAUUUUACCUCGCUGUCCAGACAAGAAGAGUUUGAAGGAAAUACCAGGAGUGUGAUCCCGCUCUUCUCCAUAACAUAUUUCCUGACAAUAACCUUUUCAAUCAUCUCUUGCCUAAGACUGAGCUGUAUAAGAAAUAAUACCUGGCUUGCAAGCUGUGGAGUGCUUUCUUCUGGCUUAGCAGUAUUAAGCAGCUUUGGAUUGAUGCUCUUCUGUGGAGUGCCAUUUGUGGUCACUGUAGCAAAUGCACCAUUCCUGAUUCUGGGGGUUGGCGUUGAUGACAUGUUCAUCAUGAUUGCUUCCUGGGAACAAAGUUUAAGGAAAAAAGAGAAGUCCAAUGUUAAAUCUCUGCUGGCUGAGACUUACGCAGAGGCAGCGCUUUCUGUGACCAUCACCACUCUGACGGAUGUUUUGGCCUUCUUCAUUGGCACCUGGACUGCUUUUCCGUCCGUGAGGUCUUUUUGCCUCUAUACGGGCACAGCUUUUGUCUUCUGCUAUGUAUAUACCCUGACCUUCUUUGGGGCAGUUCUGGUAUUAAAUCACAAAAGGGAGGAAGGGAACCGACACUGGCUGACUUGUAUGCGUGUGGAUGUAGGUAAAGAUCAGGCUGAGAACUCCUGCUUGUACAAUGCUUGCUGUAUUGGCAGCUGUUCUGGGCAGCCAUCUCAGCCAGAAGGUGAGCAUCCAAUGAGCACAUUCUUUAAAAAGUAUUACGGCCCUUUUAUUACAAAUAAAUGGAUCAAGGUGCUCAUGGUGUUGCUGUAUGGAGCAUAUUUGGGUGGCAGCAUUUAUGGGUGUACUCAGAUCAGGGAAGGCAUCGAUCUCCGAAAUCUGGCAAAUGAUGCCUCCUACAUUAUUCCAUACUAUGAUGAUGAAGACAAAUACUUCUCCACAUAUGGACCCAGGGUCAUGGUUGUCAUUGCUGAGAGUGUAGAUUACUGGAAUGAGUCGGUGCGUCUUGCCAUUGAGAGCUGCACACAGAAUUUAGAGAACAUUUCCUAUGUAGAUAAGAACUACUCGGAGUCAUGGCUGAGAGUAUACACAGGACUUGCCAAAAGUGGUUUGGUAAAUAUAGACAGUAAGACUGACUUCUUAAAUAACUUAAAUGUACUGUUCAGAAUUCUUCCCAGUUUUGAGUGGGACAUAAACAAGACUCAGGAUGAAAUAGAGGCUUCACGUUUCUUCAUCCAGACAGUGAAUGUGACAUCAGCCGUGGACGAGAAGAAUCUCCUCAGUCAGUUAAGGGAGGCAGCCAAGCAGUGCAGCAUUCCACUGAAGGUGUAUCACCCAGCCUUCAUCUACUAUGACCAGUACCUGGUGAUAGUGCAGAACACUGUUCAGAACAUUGUCAUUGCUGCUGGGGCCAUGCUCGUUGUCUCCCUUUUGCUCAUUCCCAACCCGUUGUGCUGCUUGUGGGUGACUUUUGCUAUAGCCUCUGUUAUAGUUGGUGUUGCUGGUUUCAUGACAUUCUGGAAGGUCAACCUCGAUUCCAUAUCCAUGAUCAACCUGGUCAUUUGCAUUGGGUUUUCAGUAGAUUUUUCUGCUCAUAUUUCCUAUGCCUUUGUUACGAGUGGAGAGUCAUCAGCCAAUAAAAGGUCAAUUGAAGCUCUGUCCCUGCUAGGUUACCCAGUUUUACAGGGUGCAGUUUCUACAAUAUUAGGCGUAGUUGUCCUGGCUGCAUCAAACACCUACAUCUUUAGGACAUUCUUCAAGAUCAUGUUCCUUGUUAUUUUGUUUGGGGCUCUUCAUGGUCUUGUUUUUAUUCCAGUGUUUUUAACAUUUUUUGGAAACUUUGGCAGUUCACCUCACAAUACCAUGUCUAAAAAGUUAGAGCAUAGGUUUAGAAAUGAUAAAGACUGUCCAUGAAUUAUUUAAAUAUAAGAUUUUAUAUAUUUACUAUGUGGACACUCAAAUGCAGUGACUGUCAAGAAAUAUAAGACAUGAAAAGCAGAAGAAUAAAUACAUCUGAUCAACUUCAGGACUUCAGAAAAGCCAGGUAAGAAAAAUAACAACAAACUGCACAGAACGGAUUUGCAUUUUUUACCUUUGUGUAUGUUCAUCUACCAUCUUAAUGUUGCUAAUUAUCUUGUUUUUGUGUGACCUUUUUACUGAAUGUUUACUAAAAUUAUUACAAACACUGGCCAUUGCAUCAGGUGAAUGGACUAUGUUACAUGUUUGCAGGACGCAGUCCUAGAGUACCUCCCAUUGGACUGUAUUUCCUCUUUGUUUGCCUUGAUGCUGUAACUCAUCCCAGCACUGAGCUGGAAGACAGUUUUAACCAAGAGGCUCAAAUACAGCAAAAUUACAAGAGGUCAGAACUGUCUCAGACUGUAAUAAUUUGUAAGCCUUCAGGAGACAAAAUGUGCUUAGGUUCCUAAUGCAGCGCAAGAAAACCUUGGGGAAGACUCACCCCAAGCUGACUCCUGUUUUCUGUUGAAAGCCUUUUCUUGGCGUCCCAUUUUCUAGCUAAGGUUGAACAUCUGCAACCAUUAAGAAGUUUGUGUGUGCUUCUGUUGGCUGCAAUUUGCAAAGUUUAUUGAACUUGCGUGGACCUCUUGAGUUACCACCUUGGGAGAUGUUGUUCCAUGGUAUGAGAGGGCAGGGAUUCAUUAGAGACAAUUGCAACCUGAUUUGGGACAAAGUGAAAAAUAACCACAAGUUUAUGCAGAUCAGUCCUAAAACUGUAAACUCAUAAAUUCCAUUGUGUUCAUCAGUGCAUCCUGGGAUGCAUUGAUAGAGCAGAGGAGCUUUCACUGAGUAGUAACUAGUAAUAUAUGAGAUGAUCUUCAAACCCAUGGGAAUAAUACAGUAGGUGAAAAUCAAUUCAUAAUUUGUUGCCAAUAUCAUGAUAGACCCAUUGGAAAUAAAAUAAGCAAUGGUAACCAGUAUUUGUAAUUCUGGAAAAAAUGGUGUAGAACUUAUUAAAUCAUUCAGUCCAAA